GCUGUCGCCGUCACAAGCAUUGUUUAUUACUAGCUUAAAAUUGCUUUUCAGUGCCUUCUGCAAAAAUUUACGGUCGGGAAAUAGUGCAUAAUAGCGGAUUGGUGGCGUAAAUUAGUCAUCCCUUCAUUGAUUUGUAUGUCAUGAAUGGAAAAGCGUCCUCUUGAAUUGCCGUACCGUGCCGUUCUUCAUUCCGCAGCUGAAACUACACACACGAUCAAGUGGAUAUACAGGUUGCCGACCGUACCAGAGUUGGACGCGAACGUGAACUGGCUCAGCGAUGGCGUCCGGUUCAACCUUGCAGAAGGCAAUCGACAUUGUGACGAAAGCGACGGAGGAAGACCGGAACAAAAACUACGAGGAAGCGCUACGCCUCUAUGAGCAUGGCGUAGAAUACUUUCUGCAUGCGAUCAAGUAUGAGGCCCAGGGGGAUAAAGCGAAGGAUUCGAUCCGGGCCAAGUGCUUCCAGUAUCUGGAUCGGGCGGAAAAGCUUAAGGCAUACCUGAAGAAGGGCAAGAAGAAACCGGUAAAGGACGGUGAUAGUGCCUCGAAGGAUGACAAAUCGAAGGGCAACGACAGCUCCGAUUCGGAUUCGGAUGAUCCAGAGAAGAAGAAGCUGCAGGCAAAGCUCGAAGGUGCAAUCGUGUUCGAAAAGCCGCACGUCAAGUGGUCGGAUGUUGCCGGGCUGGAAGGUGCAAAGACGGCACUGAAGGAGGCCGUCAUACUGCCGAUCAAGUUUCCUCAUCUGUUCACCGGCAAGCGAAUGCCUUGGAAGGGUAUUCUGCUGUUUGGCCCACCCGGUACCGGUAAAUCGUACUUAGCGAAGGCCGUCGCCACGGAAGCAAACAAUUCGACCUUCUUCUCCGUGUCCAGUUCCGACCUCGUCUCCAAGUGGCUCGGUGAGUCAGAAAAGCUCGUCAAGAACCUGUUCGAGCUGGCCCGCUCACACAAACCAUCAAUCAUCUUCAUCGACGAGGUGGAUUCGCUGUGUUCCGCCAGAUCGGACAACGAAAGUGAAAGUGCCAGACGCAUCAAGACGGAAUUCCUUGUGCAAAUGCAGGGUGUCGGCAGUGACAAUGAUGGGGUGCUAGUGCUCGGCGCUACGAACACACCGUGGAUAUUGGAUUCCGCCAUCCGGCGUCGAUUUGAGAAGCGCAUCUACAUCCCACUGCCGGAGGAGCACGCCCGGUUGGUGAUGUUUAAGAUCCAUCUCGGCAACACGGCCCACACGCUGACGGAGGACAAUUUGCGUACGCUCGCGAGCAAAACGGACGGCUUUUCCGGCUCGGACAUUUCAAUCGUGGUGCGCGAUGCGCUGAUGCAACCAGUCCGGAAGGUACAAACGGCAACACACUUCAAGCAGGUGAGCGGCCCAUCGCCGGUGGACAAGCAAACGAUCUGUGACGAUCUGCUGGUACCGUGCAGUCCGGGUGAUCCCGGUGCGAUCGAGAUGACGUGGGUAGACGUACCCGGCGAUAAGCUGUUCGAGCCACCGGUAACAAUGAACGAUAUGCUGAAAUCUCUGGCCAGUACGAAACCAACCGUCAACGAGGACGACAUGCAAAAACUGAACAAAUUUACCGAGGACUUUGGACAGGAAGGUUAAACGGCACCGAAGGAAUGUAAGAAAGGGGAAGGGAUAGUUUGGGACAGCAACGAAAGCAAAAUUUAAACCAACAGAACCGACACGAGAAAAGAAGUGCAGUGCGAGUGAGCGAGUAUGUGUUUGUGUAUGUAUAAUUGUAAAUGUGUAUGUUCAUCUGUAUGUGAGGAAGACGAAACAAACACCAGAAUGCAGGAUGCCUCUUGAUAUUUGUGUUAUGAUAAAGAAUUAAAACAACAAACAAAUUGUGCUUCAUAAGAUGCAUAAACAAAUAACUCUUCUGCUUAUUUAACGUUAUAAACCGGUUAGGUCGUGCCUGCCAUACAUGUUUUGGCCAAUUGGACCAUUUGUGACUCCUGUUUCUUGGAGAACGGGAGGGCGAUAAUGAAUUGUUCAGUAACGUUUCGUUGGGUCCGACGAUUUGUUCUACUAUAAUAUACUUACCCCUUAAAGAGUAAAGGAUACACUAACGCACUUAUACACAGGCAUACAUAUUCACACAUAUAGAGACUCCCAUACUGAUGAUGGUGAUUAUGCGCUGUUUAAAAAAAAGCGAAUAUAAAUAAGAGAGAACAAAACACGAAAAGGAAAGCAAACAAAAUGAAAUACCUAUACUAUACAUAUAUAUAUAUGUAUAUACAUAUAUGAUGAAAACCAUAUGUCCUAUGUAUCAUCCUUUCAAAUAAUGCCUUUGCCGUGUAGCAAUACUGGCGUGAAAUAAAUCUGUUAUUUUCUGUUACAAGUCGAUUACAAAACCAUACAUGAAGAGGGAAGCAAUCCCAGUGCAAACACAAAUAACACAUACACACAUAACUACAAACCAUUAAUAAUCUUGAAAUUGGUUUUUGGAACAUCUUUUUGGAACCCCACACCCCUUCCCCUAACUUCGUUCUCUCCUCACCCGUAAAUUCAUGUUGCUUUCUUUAUUUUAUCUCCCCGGCAGGGAUAGAGUGAGGGGCAAAAGCACGCUUUUUGCAAAUUUGGGCGUAUUAGUUUUUAGUUCGCUAGUUUAAGCAUUUGUGUUUGUACGCAUGUUUGCGGUUUUUUUUUUAAAUAUUUGUUUUAUUUCAAAUGUAACCACAUUUAUGGUAAUGUCUCUAUAUUGCGUGUAACGUAUUUUUUUUUUAUAAAUCUGUCACUACAUUCGUUUAGCCCGGCAUGGCCUGGGUGUGUAGGAGUGUUUUGGAGUGGUGUGUAGGAUGUGCAGGAGUGAGAAUGCGAGAGGUUAGGGAACAGAUUUGCUUAAGUACUCCAAGCCACACACAGCCUAGGAACAGGAAGAGACAGUUGUGCUUGUUUCAAUCGAUCGACAGAGUGUUCUGCCGUCCUGCCAUCUGUUCCAGCAGCUUGGCGCCUGAUGCAAAUCGAACCAGUGAUUGAUUAUGCGUGUCAGAAUCAAUCCUUAGCACGCGGGCAUAAGAAUUAAUAAUACAGCGGAGCGUUUGUACUGGUUUGUAACACCGGUACAAUUGUUGCAGUGCCAACUUUUCGAAAUUACCAGCCAAGUUUUUCACUGUUUGCGAUAACCUCCAUUCACUAAAGCGUUUUGCAAGCGACAACAAAAAAGAAAACCCGAGCGAAAACAAGAAAUAAACAGAAGGAUAUUAUUUUGUUAGCAAACAAAAACCAAUUGCGUAUAUGGACAAGAACCGUUAUUUAAUAACAAUAGCAACGAAACAAAUCAAAACAACUAAGCAGGAAAUUAAAACUAAAACUCACAUAUAAUACCCAGGAACGGUAGGCGCAGCAGCUACAUUGGGGUAAAAUACGGGAUUUUUUUUGUUUAAUUUUUUGUUUAUUUUUGCAGUUUUAAUGUCGGUAUGUUUUACAGAAACAGCAAUGAUAAAGUUCGCAGAAGGCCUUUUUA